GGCUUCAAUUACUCUUCACUCCUUUUUCCCCGUUUCCCCAUUUCCACCUUCUUUCCUUCUUUCUUUCUUUAGUUUACAUAGUCACUCAUUUCACUCUUCACCAUGCUCUACUGUGCUGAGCCAUACCAUCAUCUGGUCACUCGGACCUCAACCGGAGCAUCAAGAACCCUGCACGAACUCAUCCAAGCAGAGCGAACCCACGAAGCAAGCUUCCGCGCCUGGAACAAGGAAUCCCUCGUAGCCAACUCGGCCAUCAGCUCAUGGGCACUGGCUGACUCGGCCGACGAUCGAAUCAUCGAUGUCCUCAACCAAGUCUCACAAUUGCUCUCACAAUCCGUCAAGGCUCAGAACCAGUAUGCAAUCGCACUGGCUGACUACAGAGGAUCCCUCAAGGAGAUCACCAUCAGAGAAUCCAACCUCAGAAAUAUCAAACGAGAGCGAGAGAUCCUACUCAAGCGACUACUCAAACUCAACAAACAAUCUUCCAUCGCCAAUCCAACCCACUCACUCCAUCUACAGAUCAAACUAGAUGACGCCAAGAGAGAGGUCUCGAUCUGUCAAAGAAACCUCAAAAUCGCCUCAGACGCCCUCUUCAACGCCAAGCAAUUCGCACUCAGGGAGGCACUCAGACUCAAACUGACCAAGUUUGAACAACUCGGACAGACUAUCAAACUCAAUGCAUCUCAGGCCAUCCAACUACUCGCUCAACUCGAUCCAACCGAGCCCAACUCGAGUGCUACCGAUUCCGAAUUUGAAAGCUGCGACGAAGAUCCCACCCUGCACGAUAAUGAGAACAACCCAAAAAGAGGAGAUCCACCACCUGGCCUACCCCCAAUUCUCAAGCCCACCCAAGCCACCGAAAACCAACAACAGUCUAACCCCUCUGCGGGACUAAAUCAACCAGACCAACGACCAGCCACUCCAGAAGCCCAAAAAGUCGCGUCAAAAUCCAAACAGCCUCGCGCGGUCCAUGGAGCGGCGAAGAAGCGUCCACCUCCUGCCAAGGUGCUUGUUAAGAAGCGCGCCUCGAUCGAUUCUAGACAGAGCCAUGCCACACUACCCACCCACUCCAAACGCUUCACGAUCUCCACCCAGCCUACUCGGAUACAAGCUUCGCACUCAGAUGCCCGACCCCACCACGUGCGCAAGCGCUCCCAAAGUCUCACCCUGGAGCCAUCGAUGGCCCCACGACUCCAUCAUUCAAAUAUGCUAACUUCCCAGCUCACCCGCCGAAGCUCCCAUCGUCAGCUCGGACGGCCCUACGCUCAGAGUGUCAAUGGCUCCACCGCCCACCCAAACGUCGGCAGCUUACGCGCAUCCUCUGGCUAUAAGACCCGCGAUUCGCUGGCCUCAUUCAGACUCUUCUCCAAAGGCAUGCUUUCGCGUUUGGGUGGGAAGGGUAAGCGGAAGGAGGAACUCGGCCGGGCAGAGCCCUAUGGUGCACAAUGGAGUCGCUCCUCGCAUAGCCAUCAGAAGAACCCCGCCGGCGGAGUGGGUCCUACUGCACGGGACGAUAGCUCGCUCUGGCCGACGAUCCAGCCGGUGUCGUUGUACUCCUACUCUGAGGAGGACUCGGACGAUGCCUCGAGCAGUCAGGGCGACGACGAGCUGGAGACUGCCGAGGUGGCUGACCAACUAUCCGGGCUAGCUCGUCCCGGGCCAAGCAGCCGCCCGGCGAUUGUGGCCCAGUACGGCGCUGCAAACUCUGAAGCUGGGCCGAGCCGGUCCCUCGCCCCCCGCCGUCGCUCCUGGGGCACACCCACCACUCAUCCCGGUGCACGACGUAGGACCCGCCCUGUCGGACUUCGUGUCAGCCCCUCAGACGCCGAGAGCUCCGGCUCAGAAGCACCCGUCCAAGGGCGUCUGUUGACCGACUAUCUCCCGCCCGACGAGCUCGCCAUCCGACGCCGUCGUCAACUCGAACACCGCAAAGCGAUCGAGGCGCUAACCCGUAACCUGAGCAAGAUCGAAGAGGAUCGCAGACUGGCCACCGCACCUACCAAUGCCAAUCGGGUCCUCCGCGAUUAUCCGGUCUCCUUGGAUCAUCAUCAAACUAGAGAGGGACUUGGCAGCGACAAGGAGAAUCAACCCACUCAUCCCGACGAUGAUGAUAUGCAUCAUCAUAUGAUACAAUACGACAGCGACUUUGAUCUUUCGGACAACGAGCAGAAAGAUCAAGUCGGCCAGCAGCUACAGCCGCAACAGAGAGACGAGGUGCCGGCGGGCAGGAGCUUUCAACAUCACGACCUUGAACGCGUCCAUCGUCAGUUGGCCGACCAGGAAGAGAUCAUCAGGAGUCAUCGAGAAAAACUGCAUGGGUUCUUCGACGGCCAUGCUUCGAGGGAUCGUCCGGACUUACUCGAGUCGCGUGCUUCGCCCAGCCACUUUGAGAAUGGGUCUGCUCUUCAUGCUCAUGGUCUUCAAGCACAUCAGGCUCAUCUAGAACAUCUAGAACAUCAUGGACAAACACAUCAAGGACAAGUACAACAAGGACAAGCACAUCUUGAACAUCACUCACAGGCACUUCAAGGACAAAGUCACCAAGACCAUCAAGGACAUCAAGGACAUCAAGGACAACAGCAAGACCUCGAAAGUGAGGCCGAGUUUGUCACAAACACUCAGAAAGCUAUGGGCAAUAUUAAGGCUAGGUUCACGUUACUUGGAAUGAAUCCUUCUUAAUCCUUCCUUUUUUUUGUGGUCUUCUUGC